UCCGACGGCUCCGGCGCCGGCGGUGCGGGCCGCCCAUCCUCGCGCCGUCCUCGGUCCGCACCGCUGUCGCCGCCACCGUCCAGUUACCUUUUGACUGCCACAUAUGGACUCCCAGAGAUCUCCAAAGGAAACCGUCCUCAUUACAGGAGGGGGCGGCUAUUUUGGCUUCCGCCUCGGCUGUGUUCUGAACCAGAAGGGAGUCCGUGUGAUUCUGUUUGACGUCCACAGGCCUGCUCAGGCCAUUCCAGAAGGAGUCAAGUUCAUAUGCGGAGACAUCCGCCGCCUCUCCGAGGUGGAGAGGGCCUUCCGGGGUGCGGCUGUGGCGUGUGUGUUCCAUGUGUGUUCUUAUGGUAUGUCAGGGCGGGAACAGCUGAACCAGCCCCUGAUCGAGGAGAUCAACGUGGGUGGUACCGACAACAUCCUCCGAGCCUGCCGGAGGAGAGGGGUGCCCUGAUUAGUUUACACCAGCACCUUCAAUGUCGUCUUCGGAGGUCAAGUCAUCAGGAAUGGGGAUGAGUCUCUGCCAUACCUGCCUCUUCACCUGCACCCUGAUCACUACUCUCGGACCAAAUCUAUCGCAGAGAAGAAGGUGCUGGAGGCAAACGGUUCCGUCCUGGAAAGAGCCGAUGGCGUCUUAAGAACCUGUGCUUUGAGGCCAGCGGGCAUUUAUGGGCCUGGAGAGCAAAGGCACCUUCCCCGGAUAGUGAGCUACAUUGAGAGGGGCCUGUUCAGGUUCGUGUACGGGGACCCCAGCAGCCUGGUGGAGUUCGUCCACGUGGAUAACUUGGUGCAGGCCCAUGUUCUGGCCUCAGAGGCACUGACGGCUGACAAGGACCACAUCGCCUCUGGACAGCCCUACUUCAUCUCAGAUGGCCGGCCCGUGAACAACUUCGAGUUCUUCCGGCCCUUGGUGGAGGGCCUGGGCUACACCUUCCCCUCCACCCGCCUGCCGCUGACCCUCGUCUACUGCUUUGCUUUCCUGACGGAGCUGAUCCACUUCAUCUUGGGUCGACUCUACGACUUCCAGCCCUUCCUCACCCGCACUGAAGUUUAUAAAACUGGUGUCACACAUUACUUCAGCUUAGAGAAAGCCAGGCGAGAGCUGGGGUAUGAGCCCCAGCCAUUCGACCUACGGGAAGUGGUGGAGUGGUUUAAGGCCCGGGGUCACGGCAGAAGUCCUGGAGACCAAGACUCCGAGUGCCUUGUUUGGGGUGGACUGCUGGCCCUCCUCUUGGUCAUGUCCAUGCUCACCUGGCUGCCCUCUCUGAUUCUGUCGGCAUGAGGGAAGAACUGGACACAGGAGCAGGGCGCACCUGGGGGAUGGAGUUCAGAAGUGGGGCUUCAGGACAUGCAGAGUUCUCUGGUGCCACCCUGCGGCCCUUGGGUUACUAUUGAGAAUAGGUUCUUGCACUACAUAUUUCUAACUUCUUUGCAGUGAUGCUGCUGGGAGAAGAGAAGCAGCGGAGGUAAACUAGGAGUGUGGCUUCUGGGGUCCCUUAUCCAGUGCCAGUCCUGGAGCCACAGGGAGGCUUCAUGGCUGGGAACGUGGCACCCGAGAAUCUCAGAGGCCAGGGUGCACUGAUUUCUGUUUCGUACAGUCUGCAGGUACCUAAAAUGGACUGCAUUUCUGACUGGUACGGGAAUGGCCAAACACUAACAGACUUGAAAAAGUGAAGAACACCAAGUUAGGCGAGAAUCCUGACAGACCGAGCCUCGGGAGGCCACUGUUGCGGGAGGCAGCAGCCAAGCGCAGCUUGAGUCAUAGGAACUUUUGCCCUUCCUGAGAUAAGGACAUUACCCCUGUGUGCCCACGUGGUCGUGUUGAUGCUUAAGUAAGGAGACCUUUGUCCUGCCUCGCAGGAUUCUUUUGAAGAUUGAAUUAGACAAAGCAUACAAAAUACUGCUGAACACACAUAAGCUAUUUAUAGCAUUGAUGGUGAACAUUCUUUAUGAGGGUUUUCUUUCUCAGAGUGUUGUCUCUAGAGGGGCAACACUCUGUUGUUAGUGAACUUUCUGGAAUGUCUUUGGGUGUGCCUUCAGAGCCCACAUCAAUAGGUGCUCAGUGUUCAUAAAGGGCUGGCGUCCCAGGAUAGACUGAAGUUUAGCAAACAGCUCAGAUCUGAUGAUUAAGGAAGGUGAUCAAGCUGACGGUGUUAUUUUAAUUUUAAAAUGUAGCAUGACUCUGCUUCAGUGGCUUUCUUACUGGGGAGAACAUUGGCUCUCUGAAGGCCACCUCCUCAGAGGGACAAUGGCAGCAUUCUCUGCCCACCCACAAGGACCACCGUGGAAGAUGUUCAAGUCACACAGUGGCCUAGGAACCAGGGUAGGAAGAGGACAGAGUCUCCCUGUGCCGGGCUCUCUUCCCCGAAGGACAGUACUGGAGCACGGACGUCUCCAUCACUGAGCGCAGCUACGCUAGGCCUCUCUGGGAGUGGUUAAGAAUACAAACAUGCACGGCCCUGACACGUGCCGCCCGAGUGAUUUGGAGAAAACCCUGCAUGUGGUCUCAGAAGACUUGCACUGGGAAUGUUCUGUGUGACCCUCACCAAGCACCCGAGCACUUCAGAACUUGGAGCUGAGGCAACACACGUGCCCCUUCUGCAAACUCCUCCCGGCCAGAGGCCUCGCGGGUUUGUGUGAGCAUGAGACAACCUGUGGUGAAUGUUUAAUACACAAACUGUGACACAGACGUGAGGCGAUGUCUUACUCAUUUCCUGGAUGAUGGUGCUCGCACCUCGUGUAUCCUGAGGAAGUGCUGGCUUUAGUCUCGAGUGACACCUGUGAGCACCCGCAGCUUGUCUAAUGCUCAGGGUGCCCUGGGGCAGGUUUCUCUGCCUUCUGCACACUCUCAGGCUCCGGUGAACAGCGUGUCCACGUGAGGUGACGGGUGCCGAUUCACAGGCAAGCCCAGGACAGCAUACCCAUUGUCUUUGAGAGGCAGACUGACCUUGAAAACCGGUUUCAGUGACACCCUUCAGAAGAGCCAUGGGUGUCUCAGUUUUCUCAGACCAAGCACACCAAGCAGAGUGAGUCUUCGUUGGUUGGCUGUGGGAGUUUCUCCCGUUCAUUAUUUAAGUGAAAUUCAUGAUCAGUGUGUGGGCUUUAUUGUCAGCCUGGUGUUUUACUCAGCUUUUUUCAUUGCUGGGACCAAGAGACCUGACAGGAACAAUUAAAGCAGGAGAAGUUUAUUGCGGGUUCAUGGUUUCAGAGGUCUUAGUUCACAGACGGCCAACCUCAUUGCU